AUGUCUAAUAACUACACCCCAGCAUUGGCUACCAAGACUUUCCAACAGGACAAGGAACUCUCCAAGUCCUACCAUGGUGACUCCGCUGCCAAGCGUGGUGGUGCGCUCGCGUGGCUCUCUAAGAGGAAGGGUGACACCCAGGACUUUGUUGUUUCUGAGUACAUGAAAAACUGGAAGGAUGUCAAGGACGAAAACGAGCGUUUGGACAACUACAAGGACCUCACCGCCCACUACUACAACUUGGUCACCGACUUUUACGAGUAUGGUUGGGGCUCCUCGUUCCACUUCUCCCGUUACUACAAGGGUGAAGCCUUCAGACAGGCCACUGCUAGACACGAGCACUACCUCGCUGCUAAGAUGGGCAUCGACGAGAACAUGAAGGUGUUGGACGUUGGCUGCGGUGUCGGUGGUCCAGGAAGAGAGAUUUGCCGUUUCACCGACUGCCAGAUCGUCGGGUUGAACAACAACGAUUACCAGAUUGAACGUGCCAACCACUACGCUCAAAAGUACAAGUUGGACCACAAGUUGUCCUACGUCAAGGGUGACUUCAUGCAGAUGGAUUUCGAGCCUGAAACCUUCGACGCUGUUUACGCCAUCGAGGCUACUGUCCACGCGCCAGUCUUGGAAGGUGUCUACGGUGAAAUCUACAAGGUUUUGAAGCCGGGUGGUGUUUUCGGUGUCUACGAGUGGGUCAUGACUGACAAGUACGACGAAAACAACCCAGAACACCGCAAGAUUUCCUACGGUAUCGAGGUCGGUGACGGUAUUCCAAAGAUGUACAAAAACGAGGUUGCCAAGCAGGCGUUCCUCAAUGUCGGCUUCGAUAUCGAGUAUGAAAAGGACUUGGCCGAUGUGAACGAUGAAAUCCCAUGGUACUACCCAUUGGCGGGUGAAUGGAAGCACGUCCAGUCUCUCGGUGAUGCCUACACCAUCUUCAGAACCUCCUGGUUGGGGAGAAGAGUCACCACUGGCGCCGUUGGCCUCUUGGAAAAGUUGGGUAUCGCUCCAAAGGGUUCCGUGCAAGUCACCGAAGCCUUAGAAGACGCCGCCAUUAACUUGGUUGAGGGUGGUAAGCAGCAGUUGUUCACUCCAAUGAUGUUGUACAUUGUCAGAAAGCCACUUGACGCUGGUGCCGAGGCCUCCGCCAAGUCUGCCAAGGCCGUUGAACAGGCUAUGAAGGCUGCCGCGAAGCACUAA